AUGCCAGAGCCCACGGAAACACCAUGGCAGAUGUACCUGCCAGAGGACAGACUCAAAUGGACCCAAACUGCCGACCCAAGUCCUAUCUGGCCUUUUGAACCCGACGUCGACAUCAUCAGAAACAUCGUCCAGUCCUCUAUACCAACUGAAGGAGAUGACCCCGGAGACCAGAUCCGCUGUGACUUCCUUGCUGAUGGAGCCCACCAUAAGAUCUACAACGUGACACAUCCUUCAUGGACCACGCCCUAUCUCUUCCGUGUCGCGAUUCCCGUGGACCCCAAACUCAAAUUGGAAAGCGAGAUGGCGACGCUGCAAUUCCUCCGCCAACAUACCUCGAUACCAGUCCCGCGCCCCAUUCGUUGGUGCUCAACCCGCACUGUAGAUAACAAGCUCGGGUAUGAGUGGGCUAUCCUGGAGAAACUGCCGGGAGUCGAGCUGAGAAAAGUAUGGCGGAAGGUCCCCUGGGAGAAGAAGCUGGUGCUCAUCGAGAAUCUUGCCAAGUUCAGGACCCAAAUUUGGGAUUCAAGCCUCAAGUUCUCCAAAAUUGGAUCCAUUUACAAAAUUUCGAACGAUGAAACACGUGAAGGGGUCCGUAUCGGUCCGUCUGUAGACGGCAAUUUCUAUGCAGGUCGCCGACGUUACCUGACAAGUGAUCGGGGACCCUUCUCGACGUGCCACGAGUGGCUCAGGGCUCAGAUUGAGAUUGAGCGAGAAUUUCUCCGCACCGCCAAGAUUCUUGCCAACUCUCGUCAGUCCCUAGGUCGUACCACCAGCGACGCAGAAUGGUCCGACUUAAUGGACGAGAUUGGCGUCGACCAAGAUACGCUGGAAGAGUACGAUGAUGUGAUGUCACUAUGCGAUAUUUUCUUGGAGCUUCUUCCGGUAUUGUUUCCCCUCCCGGAUCAACCCACAGGAAAUCAAGAUCGAUUCUCCUUGCAUCACUGCGACUUACGCGAAGCCAACAUCCUCGUCGAUCCCGACACGUUCAACCUAACAGGUAUAAUCGAUUGGGAGCAAACGUGCACUGUACCAGACUGGUACGGCCGAGACUACCCAAUGAUGAUCAACACCGAUGAGCCCUUUGACGCCGAGGAACCCUCAAUCCCAGAGACGUAUGAUGAAGAGGAUGAAAGAUACAACCCCGCCAAGGUGUCAAAUCGGGACCGAUGGGAUAGCAAGCUCUUGCGCGAGAAGUUUGACGCGGAGCUGGUUCGUCUUGGCUGGGAGGGCUGGCACUCGUCCUCGCGGCUUGAUAUUGUCAAGUCAGAAUUCAUCCAAGGAGUUGCCGACUUGAAAAAGGACCUCAAACUGGUGGAGGCCCUCCCCCUCGCCAAUGCUGUCAAUCAGCAACCUAUCGCUGGUGUGAACCAUAUCAACAAGCUCUCCAUCUCUCCCCGUGAGGUCGGCAUCCUUUCGGAAAACAGUUCCGCCAAGAAUUCACUACCUUAG